CCGAGCAGGAUCCAUCCUGACGAGCUCACAGACAUUGGACCGAACCUCCGCGAGCUUUCAGCCUCUUUCACCUUCACUCACACUUUGCAGACUCCUCCACUCCGGACUCGUAUCAAGCUACGUCCUGGUCGGAGUUCGGCCUCCUUCUCGCUUGUCUUCUUCCACGCUAAAAAAAAAAAAAAGUGCGUGUUUUUGGGGUUCUUUUUGCGCAGUUACACUAUGGAUUUACUGGCUUUUUCCCGCCGGGAGCAAUGAACUUUGCAAGCAGGAAAAGAAGAGAAUAAAAGUCGGAAUACUGCAAGGAAAAGGAUAUUCGUACUUUGGAUUAGCAGGCAGUGUUCGGCUGCAGCGUUUCCCUUUUGGAUGGACUUUUCCUGAACUGCCUGCUUGAUGGAUUGGAGCCUAUGGACGCUUGCUUAUAGGUUUUCCGAUGCAUGCCAAGUCCACGGUGAAUGUCGGAAGUGGUGAUCCCCCCAGAUGGAGCUCCAAAGUCAACAUGGCCCCGGCGGUUCAUUAGUGGUGAUCCAGCAGCCUUCCCUGGAGAGCCGCCGGAGGUCGGAUUACGAGCGGGAGUUCCAGCAUGCCGCCAUCCUCUCCCUGGACCAAAUCAAGGCCAUCCGCUCCAGCAACGAGUACACGGAGGGGCCCUCGGUGGUGCGGCGGCCCCCGGUGCCCCGCAUGCCCUCCAGGCCCCACGAGAAGCAGGAGAGGACUCACGAGGUCAUCCUGGUCAAUGUGAACAACAACUAUGAGCACCGGGCACCUGGGCACCACCACCAUGUCGGGGUGGUGGGGGGACAGCAUAACGGCGGGUCCCGGGUGCCGGGCCUCAGCCGCUCCACAAGCACGGGAAGCGCUGCCAGUUCAGGGAGCAACAGCAGCGCCUCCUCCGAGCAGGGACUCUUGGCACGCUCGCCACCCACCAGACUGAGCUCGGAGCGGCCCGUGCGGACUCAACCCAAGCCCAAGGGGCUCGCCCAGCCCCAGCUAGGCCCCAAUUUCCCCCAGGCUCCUGUCAAAGGGAAACCGGACUUGUCCAGCCCCGCCAAGGGAGCCCCGGUGUCGCCUGCCUCCGGGCACCAGUUCAUCUGCGAGCGCUGCGCCAAGUGCAAGUGCGGAGAGUGCACGGCGCCCAGGACCCUGCCAUCGUGCCUGGCGUGCAACGGCCAGUGCCUUUGCUCGGCGGAGAGCGCGCUGGAGCACGGCACCUGCAUGUGCCUGGUCAAGGGCAUCUUCUACCACUGCUCCAACGACGACGAGGGGGACUCGUGCGCCGACCACCCCUGCUCGCUGUCGCACUCGCACUGCUGCUCGCGCUUCCUGUGCAUGGGAUUAAUGUCGGUACUCUUCCCCUGCCUGCUGUGCUACCCGCCCGUCAAGGGCUGCCUGAAGGCAUGCCAGGGCUGCUACGACCGGGUCAACCGGCCCGGGUGCCGCUGCAAGAACUCCAACACUGUGUAUUGCAAACUGGAGAGCUGGGCCCCGCAGAACCAGGAGAAGCCCUCCUGAUGGUCUACCCCCGAGAAAAAACCCAUCCUCCCUUCUUGUGUGGAUUUUACGCUGACGAUAAUGACGAUACUAAGAAUGUUUAUCGAGCAUUCCAAGCACCUCCCGCCCGUCUUCCCUCUUCAAAGCCCCCGAGGAGCCAAGCAAAGGAGUAACCACUCGAUUCUUUUCUUCUUCUGGAUCAGGACCGUGUUUUUACACACCAGUGUUUGCCUUAACCCCCCACCCCCAUCCAUCCUCGCUUCUCAACUGCCAUUUCUCCUCUAGAUGUCUUCUAAUCUGUGAAGGACCACCUUUGAGGGCGCUGAUGUAGCUGUUACCUGGCGUUCAUAGCCAGCAGGUGUAUUUUUUUAUGCUGAUGUUGCAUUAACAAAAGCACAUCCAUCUCAUUUAGUCUCCAUCUGUUCCCGUGUCUUGGUGUCAUUUCUUGUGUGUGUACAUUGUAAGCUCAAACACAAAACCCAUCAAAGGAAUUCUGGCUUUUUUUUUCUUUAAAGGAAAAAAUGUCUGUUAAAACAUUUUUUGUUGUUUUGUUGUAAAAAAAUAUAUUUAUUAUGUGAAGCUCUAUUAUUUUAUGAUAUUUAUUGCAAGAGACAGUCUUAAAUUUACUCAUGUCUGAAUAUAACAAAAAAUAUCAAAUACUUAGUGAAAAAAAUGAAAGGUGGCACAAAGGAAAAGUAUGUUAACUUUAAUGCAGAAAAUAUAUGAAUGAAUGGAAAAAAAGCGCUGUGUGGUGUCUUAAUUGUGGGGGGAAACGCUUUGCUUUUCUUUGCAGCUGAGCAGUGCUAGCCAACGAGCUAAAAGCCCGAGCUGUCAACUGCAAAGUCCAACGUUGCUCUUAAGGCAUCGGGGAGUGAUAUUUACCGGCGCACCGGCUGGCAUCCGUGACAAUGAAGGUCAUUGGCGUCUUUGCAAGCAGCGAGCCGCCAUGUUUGUGACAGGAAGUAGCUCCGCUGCUUUUACGUUGUCCAGCACAAUCAGAUCGGGAUGCUCCCAAACUCCCUGGGCGCUCCCGACCAUUACGAGGCUGCGGGGGCCACCUGUUCAAAGAUAAUAAAACGCCGGCUGUCAAUGCUGGGCUUUUAUGGUGUAUUCUCUACCCCCCCACCCCCCCUUCUUCCUUUUUUCCAGCCACACUCACCCAUUUGUCCGCCUCUUUUUGUCAGGGAAUUUAUCACUUGGGUCUGUUGACCCCCAAACUGACACCCAUCCCCCGACCGGCCCCCAGGGGAUGAGGUCAUCACUUUGAAAGUUGGUUGGUCAGCUAGAAAUACCAACACAAAUCAGGAAGUCCUCAAAACAAAAGCCUUGUAGAAACCAGGUUUGUCUUUUGGAAGGAACGCUAAAAGGUGCUUUUAUUCGUUUUUAUUGCCUUUUUAUAGAUUUUUUAAAAAAGUUGGUUACAGUUUGCAGAUGAGAAGGUAAACAAGGAAGCAUCGCAUUACUUUUGCUGUAUUUUUGCUUCGUCAGCACUUCGUAUUAAAUGGACCAUUGAGACCAAAUGGGCC